CUGCACUGCGCCUUCCCCUGCGCCUGUCCCGCAUCUGUCAGACCCUGAUUUCUGUGAUGAAGACUACAAACAAACUAGCUUGAUUUCAGCUCAUAUCACCAUUUCCUGUAAUGAUGUGUAUGGCUUUAUCUGUAAAGAGAUGAAUUACACCUGCGACACACUCUAUGCCCCUUAUGCUAAGUACACCAUCAGUGAUGUGAGGGCACUGGACAAGGGGGUCUACUGGUGCGGCAACAGAUCACUGAGCGAAGGCCACAGAGUGUCACGACAGAAAAUACUACUUCAAGUCUUUGCAGAAAUUAUAGAUGUGCCGGGCUGCUCUGGAGGCUGGGUUGAAUUCAUCUGGCCAUAUAAAGGAAUGUAUACAGAACACACAGUAUCUACUCCAACACAUGAGAUAUGCAGUAACGUGGAUGAUCAAUGGGAGCAGGUGGGGCCAUAUUGCCUGUACCACGACACCACAGGGAGAUAUCUGAAGAUGAUGGUGAGGCAGAUUCAAAAGGAAGACUUUGGGUCGUACUACUGCAGAUUUGAUGAAACUCCUGCAAAGUUAUUCAAUCUAUCCUCUUAUCAUUCUUAUUGUCGCCAUCAAUACACUCAGACCACGUCCAAAGCAAAGCAAACCACCAUUGUCUGUAAGGACCUGGAGAGAGAAUUUAUCUGUAAAGAGAGCGAAUAUAACUGUGACACCGUCCCAGCUCACCAGUCUCAGUACACUAUCAGUAAUGUGGGUGAGGAGGACGAGGGGGUCUACUGGUGUGUCUGUAAAGUGCAGGCACGGGGUUUCAGAGUGACAAAACAAAAAAUACUCCUUCAAGUCAAAAAUGAGCCACUGGCGAAACCAGUUGAAAAAGCAAAGAUUUGAGCUGGAGGCAGACUGUUAUCCCAUGGACUGUCUAGAGCUGGUCCGGAGCCCCACGCAAAUGUAUUAUAUCCCUCUCAAGGUCGCCAUGGUUUACAUGUUGAACCCUUUCACCAUUUUGUCCUGUGUUGCCAAAUCCACAUGUGGACUCAACAAUGCCGUCCUGGGCCUUUUCUUCCUCUGCACUAUUAAAA